CUAAACUGACCGAUCCACUGAAACAGAGACUGACUGAUGUUUGUGCUGCAGGUCUACAAGUUUCUGGACAAGAACUACGACCAGGUCCGUCAGGAUGUCCUCGACCUCUUCAUUCGGAGUAAGAACAAGGUGAGAAGAACAGACCAGUGAGCUGCACCUCUGAUUCUUUUUAAAGGUAUACAAUAAUAAUAAUAAUAAUAAUAAUAAUAAUAACGUGUGCACGUAUGUACGUGUGUCCAGAUGGUGUCAAACCUGUUCCUGGUUCAUGCAGAGGUCACAGGUCAGCAGAAAGGAGGUCACAUGAGGAAGGGGAGCACAGUCACUAAGAAAUACCAAGCUCCCACCGUCAGUAACAAGUUCCAACAGUCCCUGCAGGAGCUGGUGGAGAAGAUGGGGAGGUAAAGGUGGACCUGAGCGGUUAGAUCUGAGGAGGGGAGCAGCCCGACUGACUUCUGUUGUUUCUCUGUUUCAGGUGUAACCCCUUUUUCAUUCGCUGCAUGAAGCCGAACAACAUGAAGGUAGAUCUUCAAACGUUCACUCCACAACAGCAGUUAGUCCAUCCUGGAGAUCAUCACCGUCCUCUCAAUCAGAAAAACACUGAUCUGUGUUCAUGACAGAAAACAGACCAAGGAUAUAAAAAAAACACUAAAUUAAACUUGUUUUAAAAAACUGAAAACAUUCAACGGGUUAGAAAUAUUUUUCAUAAACAAAAUAUUCUAAAAAAAACAUGAAAUUACAUAAAAAAAGAUUAAUACACUUCAUAAACAUAUUUAAAAAACAAAAAUAUUCUAAAGAAAAGUAUCUUUUCAAAAAAAAAACAUUGAACAUGGAUCAAUACAUUAAAAAAAGAUAAAUACAUAAAUUAUAUUAUUUAUUUAUUUAUUUAUUUUAUAAUAUGUUUUUUUUAUAUUUUAAUAUAUAAUACAUUGUAAUUAAUUAAUUUAUUUUUAAUAAUUUAAUGAGUUUUCUUCCAGGAUAAAUAAAGUUUUUGUUUUGUGUUGUUUUGAAUUGUAAAUGUUUAAAUAAAUAAAUUUUUGUAUUUAGUAAAAUGGAGAAUAUUUCUGCUUCUCCAGAGAAACGUCGUUACAGCAGCAUAAAUAUCAGAAAACUCUCCAGGAUUUCUAACAGUACAACUGAGAUUUUAAGGGAUUUUAAAACCUUUGAUUUCAGCAAUCAGGAGCGUUUGAGGACGAGCUGGUCGUCAGUCAGCUGAGACACUCAGGGGUCCUGGAGACCAUCAGGAUCCGGAGAGAGGGGUUCCCUGUCAGGAUGCUGUUCUCUGUCUUCUUGUUCAGGUCAACCUCUCACCGUUCAUCUAAACUGUCGCCAUCAAACAGAUUCUGCUAAACCAGGGUUCAGGUGUUGUUGAGCCUUAAAAUGAUUUAACUGAAGACUAGAUUAGAUUAGAUUAGAUUAGAUCAGAUUAGACUAGAUUAGAUUAGACUAGACUAGACUAGAUUAGAUUAGACUAGACUAGACUAGAUUAGAUUAGACAAGACAAGACUAGACUAGACUAGAUUAGGUAAGACUAGACUAGAUUAGAUUAGAUUAGAUUACAUUAGAUUAGACUAGAUUAGAUUAGACUAGACUAGAUUAGAUUAGACUAGACUAGAUUAGAUUAGAUUAGACUAGACUAGAUUAGACUAGACUAGAUUAGAUUAGAUUAGAUUAGUCUAGAUUUGACUAGGCUAGAUUAGACUAGACUAGAUUAGAUUAGACUAGAUUAGAUUAGAUUAGACUAGACUACACUAGAUUAGAUUAGACUAGAUUAGACUAGACUAGAUUAGAUUAGACUAGACUAGACUAGAUUAGACUAGACUAGAUUAGAUUAGAUUAGUCUAGAUUUGACUAGACUAGAUUAGAUUAGACUAGACUAGAUUAGGCUAGACUAGAUUAGACUAGACUAGAUUAGAUUAGACUAGACUAGAUUAGACUAGACUGGACUAGAUUAGAUUAGACUAGACUAGACUAGAUUAGACUAGAUUAGAUUAGAUUAGACUAGGCUAGAUUAGACUAGAUUAGACUAGAUUAGAUUAGAUUAGAUUAGUCUAGAUUUGACUAGGCUAGAUUAGACUAGACUAGAUUAGAUUAGACUAGACUAAAUUAGAUUAGAUUAGACUAGACUAUACUAGAUUAGAUUAGACUAGAUUAGACUAGACUAGAUUAGAUUAGACUAGACUAGACUAGAUUAGACUAGACUAGAUUAGAUUAGAUUAGUCUAGAUUUUACUAGACUAGAUUAGACUAGAUUAGAUUAGACAUGACUAGAUUAGACUAGAUUAGACUAGACUAGAUUGGAUUAGAUUAGACUAGACUAGAUUAGACUAGACUGGACUAGAUUAGAUUAGAUUAGACUAGAUUAGACUAGACCAGAUUAGACUAGAUUAGAUUAGACUAGACUAGGCUAGAUUAGACUAGACUAGAUUAGACUAGAUUAGAUUAGAUUAGAUUAGUCUAGAUUUGACUAGGCUAGAUUAGACUAGACUAGAUUAGAUUAGAUUAGAUUAGAUUAGAUUAGACUAGACUAUACUAGAUUAGAUUAGACUAGACUAGAUUAGAUUAGACUAGACUAGAUUAGACUAGACUAGAUUAGAUUAGAUUAGAUUAGUCUAGAUUUGACUAGACUAGAUUAGACUAGACUAGAUUAGAUUAGACUAGACUAGAUUAGACUAGACUAGAUUAGACUAGACUAGAUUAGACUAGACUGGACUAGAUUAGAUUAGAUUAGACUAGACUAGAUUAGACUAGACUAGAUUAGACUAGAUUAGAUUAGAUUAGACUAGACUAGGCUAGAUUAGACUAGACUAGACUAGAUUAGACUAGACUAGACUCGACUAGACUAGAUUAGAUUAGAUUAGACUAGACUAGAUUAGAUUAGACUAGAUUAGAUUAGAUUAGAUUAGAUUAGACUAGACUAGAUUAGAUUAGACUAGACUAGAUUAGACUAGAUUAGAUUAGACUAAUCUAGACUAGAUUAGACUAGACUAGACCAGACUAGAUUAGAUUAGACUGGAUUAGACUAGAUUAGACUUUAUUAUCCUUUUGGGAAGGUUCUCUUCCAGCAGCAUCAUGUUGGUCAAACAUAUAAAGAAUAAAGAUAAAACAGAUCUCCAGAUAUUUUAAGUGUUUAUAUAAAUUAAGAUUUAGAGUUUUGGACAUUUUACUGAUACAACAUCUACUACAACUGCUGCUCCUGCUGCUAAUCCUUCUCCUCCUCUUUCCUCCUUUUAACCCUCCUCCUCCUCCCUUCGUCACAGUCAUUUACGGGACACCCUCUGUUCUGUCCUCAGGUAUAAGUCUUUGGUGGGUUUGCGAGAACCUCCGCUGGCUCGUGGCGAGAACUGUGUGGUCAUGCUCGGUAAACUGUGUCCUCUGAGACCAGACUCCUACCAUGUUGGCGUCACCAAAGUGAGCUUCUCCUCUCCUGAUUCUGAGCUGAUCCUUUAUCGUUGUUCAUGAUUGACCUAAACCUGUGUGAUUGGCAGCUCUUUCUGAAGGAGGACAUCUACCAGCUGUUGGAGUAUAAACGGGAGCGCGCCCGUCAGCUCGCUGCUCUCACCCUGCAACGCUACGCCCGCAUGUUCUUCAUCAGGAAACGCUUUGUGACUUUUCGCAGCAGGAUUAUCCGUCUCCAGGCGCAGUGCCGAGGCUUCCUUACAAGGUCAGUGUCCCCUCACCACCAACAGACGGACUGUGGUUCGAACAUCUACAGCUGAAAGCAGAUUAGUUUAGCGCCGGGUCUCUCCUAUUAUAGAGCUCGCUGUUAAAAUCUGUGUGUGACGCUGAAAACAUGUGAGGUACGGUGAUCAUGUUCUGACGACUGAAAACCAACGAGGAGAUUCUCUCAUGAUCCACGAGGUUUACUCCUUUUAAAGAAGACCUCCUCUGUUAUUAACCAAGUCCCAUCGAAAACCAAAGACACAGGCUCAGCGUCUCCACGGUUACUCAACAUGUUUUAUUAAGUGUCAAUUAAAUAAUGAGGGAAAUUAUGUCCCUUCUGUAUUAAAUAAAUAACAACAAGACUUUUAUUUAUAACUAAAAUAUUAGCAUUUCAACUUAAAAAAAGUUCUCACAAACUUAUAAAAACGAACUAAAAUAUUUUUCUUCUUCAUCCUAAUGAACGAAUUUAAUGAGAAACGAUGAAAACUAUCAGGACAGGAUGAUGUUUGGUCACCGUGUCUCAGGUCUCCGUAGAGUUCAGGUUUUUUCUCUCCAGUUGCUCCUAAACCCGUAGAUCUGGUUCGGUUGUACAUGGACAGACCAUGGUGGAGGUCGAGUGUUGGACUGUGUUCUGGUGAAGAUGUUGAGGGUCCAUCUUCUCUGUAGGACGACAGGUUCAGCAUUCAUGAUCCUUGUAGGUUUGCCUCGGUGCGUCUGAAACAGACUGAGCCCACAGACGACGGUUUAGGUCGAGGUUUUGAGCCUGUGGAGUGACGUCCACUCCAGAGUCCGGUCUGGUUUUAGAGCAGCUGUGCUGACAUCGUGAACACGCCGAUCUUCUGAUGGUUUUCAGGCUUUUCCAGUAUUUUGUAUAAAGAUCGCUCAGAACCCCGUCGACCUUUGAGGGACGUGAAGUUUUCCUCAGAGAUCCUGACGUCCUGAACCGAACGACUGAACGUGUUUCUGUCUCUGAUUCUUAGGAAGCGCUUCGUCAAAAUGAGAGCGAGUUUGGUUCGUUUCCGUUCUCUGGUCCUCAUGUACGUCAACUGCAAGAGAUUCAUCAAGGUACGUGAGUGUGUGUGUGUGUGUGUGUGUGUGUGUGUGUGUGAGUGUGUAUGUGAGUGUAUAUGUGUGUGUGUGUGUGUGUGAGUGUGUGUGUGUGUGUGUGAGUGUGUGUGUGAGUGUAUAUGUGUGUGUGUGUGUGUGUGUGUGUAAGUGUGUGUGUUUGUGAGUGUGUGAGAGUGUGUGUGUUUGUGAGUGUGUGUGUGUGUGUGUGUGUGAGUGUGUGUGUGUGAGUGUGUGUGUGUGUUUGUGUGAGUGUGUGUGUGAGUGUGUGUGAGU